UCUGUUUAGUACAAAGCAACGCGAGUUGUGUCAGUGUAGAAUCUGUAGAAAUUUUACGUUUUCUUUUAGAAAUUCAAUCCCAUUAGAAUGUAAAAUAUAGAAUUUGUGUAACAUUAUCCAAAUACUGGUGUUGUGAUGUUUGUAGUAAGUGUUGUUUUAUUUACUUACGUGCUUAGACAGUGAUAAAUUUGGUACGAUGGCCAAAAAGUCGGAGAAUAUUGGGGGAAAGCUGAUGACGGUGUCUGUUGUGGGACUGUCUGGUACGGAAAAGGAGAAGGGUCAACUGGGUAUCGGCAAGUCUUGCCUAUGCAACCGCUUCGUGCGCACCAACGCCGACGACUACAACGUCGAUCAUAUAUCCGUCCUCAGUCAGUCUGACUUCAGCGGUCGCGUAGUAAACAACGACCACUUCUUGUACUGGGGUGGCGUGCAGAAGGAGAAUGAUGAGCAGGAGUACCGCUUUGAGGUUAUCGAGCAGACGGAAUUCGUGGAUGAUGCCUGCUUCCAGCCGUUUAAAGUUGGUAAAACAGAGCCAUACGUGAAGAGAUGCGUCGCAACAAAGAUACAGUCAGCAGAGAAGUUGAUGUAUGUUUGCAAAAACCAGCUGGGCAUAGAAAAGGAAUACGAGCAGCGGCUGAUGGCUGAUGGCAAGCUGACUGUGGACGGCUUCCUCUGUGUGUAUGAUGUUAGCCUGGUACCUGGCAGGACGUGGGAGAAGCAGAAUGAAAUAACAGCGGCUAUCCUCCAGAACAUAAUCAAACUGAAGAAACCAGUUGUCCUGGUGACGUCAAAGAAUGAUGAAGCCUGUGAACAAGGUGUGAGAGAGGCGGAGAGACUCGUCCAGAGGAAGGAAUUCAAAGGCAGCAUACCAAUAGUGGAGACCUCCAGUCAUGAUAAUGUCAAUGUAGACCAGGCAUUCUUUCUGCUCGCUCAGAUGAUUGAUAAAGCUAAGGCUAGGAUUAAGGUGGCCAACUAUGCGGAGGCUCUAAGGAUAAGACGCGAGACUCUAGACUUUGUGACGGAGGCAUUCACUCAGCUCAUACGGAUACAUGUACAAGACCACAAGGAAAUGUGGUCAGCGGCCAGCAAAAGAUUAUGCCACUUUCCGGAAUGGAUAAAGUUUGUUCAGCAGUUUGGCAAUGAUGGCACUCAGGUGGUGUACCGACGUCAUAUACGACGUCUAAAGGAAGAGCGGUCAGCAAAGAAACUCAGAAAGCAACUAGCUAAGCUGCCCCAAGCGCUGUCUCGUAUGAACCUGCCUACUGAAGAUUUACAGGAGAAUGACUGGCCGAUGGUGGUCCGCCAGCUGCGGUCGCACCGCGACUUCCCGGUGUACUUCAGCGAGGGCCGCGGCCGGGACUCCGCCUCGGGCUCCGGAUCCGACCUCGACAGCCCACUCAACACCGACACUACGUUGCGGCUCGGCGAACGAGUGAGAUAUCAGACAUUGGGGCAAUCACAGAAGAUACCUUACGAUAUAUUGGAGACGAACGAAGCCGCUGCAGUAUUCAAAACCUUCCUACACGAGGCUCAAGAAGAACAGAGAAAUUAUGAAUGGUGCCAGCAGUUCAAGCGUCUGCUGGAGGAGACCGGCUAUGUAACACCAGGCAAGCAGCUGUCUGAGGUGCGCGUGUUGUUGAUGGGACGCGAAUGCUACGAAGCGCUGUCUGAGGAACAGCAGCAACGCGUCUAUGACCAGCAUCAGCGUCAGAUACAGCGUCGUGCCAAGCAUAACUUGCAGGAGCUGCUGUUGGAACAUGCGGAUCUAUUCUAUCACUUUAAAAGCAUAUCCCCCACUGGCACAAUCACACAAGAAGAUAUCAAGGAAAUAACUGAUGUACUGCAAGACGAUUUUAGGUACAAGAUGUUGGAUCGCAUGGAGCAGGACCGCAAGCUACUGUUGUUCCAGCAUCUAGGCUUCGUGCAUUGCCCCAUGCGCGAGCACUGCCCCGCUGCCGCCAACUGUCUCGACGCCACGCUGCCAGUCAUACUGAACACACGAGUCGGAUCAUUAACAUCAGGAAGUGAAUCGCAAUGCCAGGCGGGUCCGCCGGCCGCGCCCUGGGCCCUCACCACAGACUCCAACCAGAUUAAUGUCAUCAUAUUGGGGAUGGAGGGUGUGGCGGGAGAGUUCGGAUCGCGGCUAUUAGCGGGGUGUGACGCGGCGCGGCGUGUCUGCGUGCGCGGACAGCCGUGGCGCGUGCAGCAACGCUUGAGACUCGCAGAUGCUGAUGACACUACUGACACUGAUAAUGAUGACUUCGCACCUAAUGGUUACUUUUGCGUGUAUCAAGAUCAGGAGUCGUUUGAAUUCAUCAGAAAUUGUGCGGAGAAGACGUUGCUGUCUAGUCUUGAGCAAGAGGAUAAAUUGCCUUUUCAAGGUCUUCCAUUAGUGGUGAUGUUUGUACAAGACGAGGGAAUGGAUAAGAAAGAACUCUCCAGGCUCCAGGAAGAAGGGCAGAAUCUCGCUGAUAACCUGCAUUGUUCAUACAUGGAGGCGUCUGUGAGCGAGCUGGGCACGGAGGCGCUGACUGCUGACGCUAUACAGGAGCUGAUCCGCACUAACAGAGAGAAGGCGAGCUAUGCGCAUCUCUACAGAGACCUCAUCGUUUGCUUCGACUCCGAUAUACGGAUAAUGGUGUGCAUGUUCUGCGAUGACCCUUACUCGCCGGAACGUGUGCUAGGCCCACUGCUGGGUCACCGCGCUUGCUUCCUUACCGGUGACCGCUCUAUUGUCAUAGAGACGUUCUUAGGAGACUCCAAGAGGAAAGUCGAGGUGAUCAUAUCGAGUUUCCACGGCGCCAGUCAGUUCAGAGAGGAGUUAAUUCAUGGCUUUAUAUUGAUAUACUCGGCCAAGAGGAAAGCCAGUUUGGCUACUCUCAACGCAUUCUCAAUGAACAUUCCUAAUCUGCCGAUCCAAAUGGUGGCGGUGACUGACGGGGGCGGGUCCGCGGCGAGCGCGUUCUUCGGCACCGACCUCGGCCACGCCCUCAUCACGGAGGGCAACGCCACCGCGGACAGGCUCGGCGCCCACUUCACUACAUAUACUUCCAGUGCUGAGAACAAAUCUGCAUUCUACACGCCGUUCUUCAAGGAGGUGUGGGAGCGCAAGGGCGAGAUCGAGCGUGCCUUCCGCAUGGAGCAGCCGCACAACCUGCCCGACGUGGCCGCCGCGCGCCCCGCCCCGCCGCCGCGACACCACUCACACCACCUCAACCACAAGAUGGAACACAAGCUGACUAACUCAUUGGAUCUACUGAUCGGGCCAGACUCACGCGCUGACAUCGACUCUGAAUAUAGCGAUACUUUGAAUAACUCCAAGAAUAGAGGUUUUCUCAAAGGAUUCAGUGUGUACCCGCCGCCGAGCACGCCGCCUGAGCCCGCUCCGCCUGACCACAGGAUGCAUGCGGAUCUGUCUCCGGAUCUGAACUGCUCGGAGGAGUCGCUGAGCACGCACGAGUCAGACGGAGGCGGGGUGUGGCAGCCGGCGGGGUACGGACACCGCGCGUUCACUACGGGCCGCACGCGCCCGCAGCCACCGCCACAGAGACCCAGGCAUUCACAGACUCUCAAGCAACCUGGCAAAUUGGAUAUGAAUAACUACACGAUGGUGAGCGACGCGCUGCAACAUAUCACUAUCGGCCCUCCACACUCGCGCGAUAGAAAGACGGGGCGCGGCUGGACGCAGGCGGGCGCGGGCGCGCAGCACCACCACCCCUCCGGCGUCAGCUCCGAGACCGAGCUCGACGCGCAGUACGCCCAGAUCAAAGAGACUAAUGAAUAUAUGGAGGCGCCAUCUAUGACGAGACUUAGGAGACAUAGAAGGCAUGAAAAGACUCCUUUACAUCAACCAUCAUUCUCUGAGACUGACAGUUCGGGGUCCAGCGAGGCGUCAGGCGGCGCGGCGCGGAUACAUGCGCGGCGGCGACACAACGCGCACCACGCUCCUAGACAUUACAAAAAAAGGUCUCUAGGCAACCUAGUGGCGGUGCAAAGUCCACGUGUACCAAAGCUGGGCAUGUUCGUAGGCCCGCCCGAGUUGCCCAGCGGAUACCGGGCGAGGACUCAAGAGGAUAAAGCGGCUGCAAGCGACUCCAGUGAUGGCAGCUCGGAUGGUGAGACGCGCCGUCCGCGCCCUCUACCGCCUCCCCCACACCAUGAGCCUACGCACAAGCUUCUAUCUUGCGAGUACCCGUCCUCCGCACAAGACAACUCGUCCUCCAGCGCAGCAGACUCGCGGCGUCGCGCGCAGCCCUUCAGCAAACACGACCGCAGGCAUAAGGAAUUCUCCAAAAGUAAAGACAAGAAGAAUUCAUCGCAGAUAACAAAUGCUCCGUCAAUACAGAAUUGGGGUCCACAGGGUCCGCACGGCGUGCCGCUGUUUGUAGAGAAGUGCGUGGAGUUCAUAGAGCGAGAGGGUCUUGCUUCAGAGGGCCUGUACCGUGUGCCCGGCAACAGGGCGCAUGUUGAUAUGUUGUUCAGCAAGUUUUAUGAAGAUCCCAACAUAGAUCUAGAAGCGCUAGACAUCCCAGUGAAUGCGGUAGCGACCGCUCUUAAAGACUUUUUCUCCAAGAAACUGCCGCCGCUGCUGGAUGAGGCUAGUAUGUCGCAAUUGGAAGAUAUUGCUGCGAUGCGCGGCUGCAUAGCUGGGGGCGUGGAGCUGAAGGACCGCAGUUGGCGGCUGCUGGCACUCCGAUCGUUGCUCAAUACUGCGCUUACACCUGUCGCCCGUGCCACACUGGACUAUGUGCUGCAUCACUUUGCCAGGGUUGCGGAUAAUUCUAAGUUGAACUCAAUGGACAGCAAGAACCUGGCGAUCUGCUGGUGGCCGACGUUGCUCCCCGUGCAGUUCUCAGACAUGGGCCGCUUCGAGAUGACACGCCCCUACCUCGAGGAUAUCGUCCAGACCAUGAUCGACCAGCAUCCCUUCCUCUUCAGGGGGCAAGAGGCCUUUGUUAUGGUGUGAGGAACGUGUGAACCCACAAUGCAUGUUGCAUUCGUGAUGGACGACGUGUGACGUCAGCAGGGGGGUGUGACGUCAUGACGCGAGCACGGCAGCGUGUCGUAACGUGUCUGUGGAACUUGCCGCCGCAGUGGCGAUGUGACAGCUAGUGCGUAAGUUUGCCUUGGGGCGCCACUGUCGCGCGACUGACACCUGUCAAUGUGACACUGACAGUUGGCGACAGAUGAGCGCCUCCACUGUUGAGUUGCUGUGGUCGUUAUAAAUUAUGGAAGUUCGGCCGUUGUUCCAGUGAUUGAAAUGCGGUUUAUUUUGUACAAGUGUUGUCAUAUCAUAUCGCGCUUAGUGGACGGCGAUCUUACGAGUUGCUUGCAUUUUGAUGUCUAGACGCUUUUUAUAUAAUGAAUUUCUACUUGUGAGAACGCAACGGAAGCCAUUUUGUAACGUACGCGUCGUUGGAAAUCGAAUCGUAUUUCGUUUAGUAUUAAGGUUGAAAUUCGAGCACAAAAUCUUAAAAUUAAGUGAUACCGAAUAAGCAAUUAUAUUUGUAUAAUCGAUUUAUGGCAACACCAUUUACGAGCACAUUCCGUUCACUCGAAAAGUAAAUAUUGAUAUAACUGUUAAUAUUAAUUAACAUAGUGAUAUAUAUGUGUAACGUUCUUUAUAUGUGCAAAAUAUCAUAUAGGAGCUUUUAUUUAUUGUUUAAAAAUAUUUUUAUUUAUAUAUUUGCUUGAUGUAUUAAUCGAAGCUUGGAAUUAUGUUGUAUUAUGUAUUUAUAUGAUAAAUAUAGCAGUAAGGUCGUGUUUCGGCGAAACAAAUAUUUAUACUCCCAUUUGAUAUUUUUAGGUCGUAUAUAAUCUGUUUUUUAAAGCUCUAUAUGAGCUGUUUGAAGUGGCAUGUUCUAAAUUAUCCAAGAUUUGAUCCAAUAUUUGUAUAUGUUUGUUCAAAUGUUGGUCAUAGUUUGGUGAAUGUGACAUUUAGUGUACUGCACAGUCUUGCCACAGACUAAAAAAUGCCUGUGUAGUUGUGUACACAGACUAAAAAUGCCAGUCUAGCUAGUGUCAGCAGAAUCGCUAGUUAGUCAAUGUUGAUGCAUAAUCUAGUGUUAUGAUAUAUUUGUGAAAGUACUGGAGUCAUUGGUAUUAAUAUACAGUGUGAUAUUUAUUGCCAUUUUUUUAUCUUUUUUUUUAAAUUUUGUAUAAUGGAAACAAACACGAUUUAGCUUUUAUAUGAUUAGAUGUACUGUUUUCGUUUUAAAUUAUAUGCAUUUAUUUAUUUUAUGUAUUUAAAAUUACUAAUCAAUGGAUCUUUAUAUGAAUAUCUAUUUAAAGGUGAUUUAUGAAAUUUAUAUUUAAUUUAUUUGCUUUAUUUUUAUUUAAAUUUUAUUUUGCUUUUUUUAAUUUUAAAUGACGUAAUUGUGCAAUGUUGAUUCUCGGAUUCUGAAUAAUGUUUGCUAAUCAAAAUUGUAUCUCAUCACAAUAUAAUAAGGUUUAUUUUUACACAUUUCAGAUUAUUUUAUUUAUUUUUUAUUUUCAUACAAUGUAUUUUAUGCAUUUAUGUUAUCGGGCAGCUUUGUGAUUCGUGAACUUAAUUUUUUUUACAACUUUUUUUAUAUCUUAUUUUAUAAACAGAGUUUAUAUUUUUUUAAAUAUUAUUUUUCGCACACUAAUGUCCAUGGUUUUUACUUAUUUUGAUGUAAACAUUUAUCUAUGGACAAAUUUUGUAUAAGAUCGGUUUUGUGCAGUGAAUGGCCUAUAGUGAUACCCGUGCAUGAUAACAUAACACCUAAUCCAAAUUACGUAAUACAUUGCUAUCCCUCUCCAGUUUUAGGAAAAAAGAGAUAGCAAUGUGUGUAUACAAUUAUGUGUAAUGACGUCAUCCCAGCGUCUGAUGUUAUUGUGCACGCGUUGUGUUUUAUAAAUAGACUGAUAUUAGUAUUUUCGGUUUUUUCUUGACUACUAAAUACUUUCCUUAAUAAUUACAUAUCCAUAAAUUACAAUUUUUAUAUGAAGAAUGUCUGCUUUUUAAUGUUUUUUUUUUAAAUUGUGUUUAAUUAUGUAUAUCGCGAUAGGAAGUGCAAUAAUCCGCAGAAAAUGUACUGGGAAUGCUUGAAUAGUUUUGAUGGAUGUCGUCUGAUGUGAAAUCAAAGUGUUACAUUAAGUAUUAUAUUAAAUAUACUAGAUGAUUCCAUAAAGUGUAGUUAAGGUGUAUUUAAACGUAAGUUUUUAUCAAUAUAUUUGUCAUUAUACAAGUCCGUCUCUUUCGCACGCUAGCUUUUUAUAUGUACAAAAGAAGUGUGCGAAAGAGAUGACAAUCAUGUCCAACAGGGGGAAUGAAAUGUAGGGGGAUUUUUUAUAUUUUACUAUGAAUGGAAAAAGACAUAGAACCUGCCUGUUUCUUCUUUUCCUCUUCCUAGUCUUUCGCUUUUUGUCGAUCUCACAAUUUUUUUUCCAUUUUCGAGAUUUUCCCCUGAUGAUUUUUUAAAUGCAAUUUCUA